CUCGGCUGUUUAUGGAGCUCUGGGCGGGGGCUGAGCCCGCGGUCGUGUCCCCCGCCCGCCUCCCCAGCCAUGCCGCCCCGUCGGCGCGCGGAGCCGCGGCGGCCAGACCUCCGGGGCUGAGCCGGGAGCCGCGGGACGAGGAGGCGCGGGCGCAGUCGGAGCGGGAGCCGCGGCGGAGGGCAGCGCGGCGGACCCAGUACUAUGGCUGUGUACUGCUAUGCGCUCAAUAGCCUGGUGAUCAUGAACAGCGCCGACGAGGCGAAGAGCAGCGGCGGCCCCGGGCCCAGCGGCAGCGAGACGCCCCCGCCCCCGGGGAGCGCAGUGCUCAGCCCCGGCAGCGUUUUCAGCCCCGGGAGAGGCGUUUCUUUCCUCUUCCCCCCAGCCGAGUCGCCGUCCCCCGAGGACCCCCAGAGCCCCGGGGGCUGGCGGAGCAGCCGGCGCAGGCUGAAUAGCAGCAGCGGCAGCGGCGGCAGCAGCAGCAGCAGCGUGGGUAGCCCGAGUUGGGCUGGCCGCCUGCGAGGGGACAGGCAGCAGGUGGUGGCCGCCGGUACUCUCUCCCCGCCGGGCCCAGAGGAGGCCCAGAGGAAGCUGCGGAUUCUGCAGCGUGAGUUGCAGAAUGUGCAGGUGAACCAGAAAGUGGGCAUGUUCGAGGCGCACAUCCAGGCGCAGAGCUCCGCCAUUCAAGCGCCCCGCAGCCCGCGUUUGGGGAGGGCUCGCUCGCCCUCCCCGUGUCCCUUCCGCAGCAGCAGCCAGCCCCCUGGAAAGGUCCUGGCUCAGUGCUCCCGGAGCGAGGAACGGAGGACAAAGUCCUGGGGGGAGCAAUGUCCGGAGACCUCAAAGGCUGACUCUGGGAGGAGAGAAGGGCCCAGCCUAUGUCCCUCGCAGAAGAAGGAGGGAGUGGCACCUCUUCCCGGCCGGGAUGCCCCGGCAGGAUCAGGGACUCAGGGGCCAGCCGCUUUGGUGAGGAUGGAGAAGGGCGUUCCUGCUAGUCCUCCCUGUGGCUCCCCCACAGCUAUGGAAACUGACAAAAGGGUCUCUCUUUCGGGAACUCAGAGCUGCCAAGCUCCCUCAUUGGGGCUGGUCGGAGCUAGCUUAGUGAUGGACACAGAAGUGGCAGCAGGAGCCACAUCCACUGGGACACACCGUCCACAGGAUCCUGCCCUUAUUGAGCGGUCUGCGAGGGCUUGCAAGCCUGAGGAUCCGCACCCCUGGGAGGCCCCGGUGGUGAGGCAGGAGCAGUUUCUGGACAGUGAGACGAGCCCAGCCCCAGAGAGGGGCGGGCCGCGUGGUGGAGAGCCCCCUGGGAAGAUGGGGAAAGGAAAUCUGCCCUGUGGUGUGCGGACCUCCAGGACGCCCGAAGCGGGUGAAAAGCCACGGGACACAACGCUCAGUGCGCAGAGCUCGGAGCCCUUUGAUGCCCUGAGCUGGUCCAGGCCGCCCAGAGACUUGGGCGCAGUAGGCCCCGGGGAAGCCCGAAGUGGGGCUCUGGUGGGCGGAAGCCCUCGGCAGCCCUCGGACAGAGCGGAGGAAGGGUCUCCAACGCUGGGCUUGCUUGGGGGCAGCCGAUCAGCACAGCUGGGGACUAGGGAGCUGAAGGCGGGAAUUCCUUCUGGCAGGAUGCUGGAGCCUUUGCCUUGUUGGGAAGCGGCAAAAGAUCUGCAAGAACCUCAGUACCUUCCUGGAGGCAGGUUGGGUGCGCAGCCUGGGGGCUCCCGGGCUUGGCAGGGCCCCACGGAGGAAGCAGGUUUGGCCUGGACGCGUGGCACAGGGGUACAGUCGGAGGGGACUUGGGAAAGCCAGCGGCAGGACACAGACACCCGCCGCACGCUGAAGCUGCUGCCCCCGGAUCAGAAAGACAAGCCUGUCCUGAGAGAGGCCUGCAGCCCCAGCACCAUACCCGCCGUCAUCAUCACAGACGUGGGCGCGCAGGAGCACAGCGGCCUGGAGGAGGUGCAGGGAAGCCCUCUGGGCAGCCUGCCCCUGCGGAAACUGUCCUCUUCCUCGGCCUCCUCCACGGGCUUCUCCUCAUCCUAUGAGGACUCGGAAGAGGACAUCUCCAGUGACCCCGAGCGUACCCUGGACCCCAACUCAGCCUUCCUACAUACCCUGGACCAGCAGAAGCCCAGGGUGGUAAGUCUUGCCCUGAGAUUUUUCUAG